CUUCAAACUUCCUUGCGUACAAAUUAGCUUGUGCGAUUCUCGAGAGUUGUAAAAUAUGUUAAUGCAACGACUGCCUCGGCCAUCAAUUGGAAUCGCGUCAUGGUGUUUGCGCGGUCAACGCGCGCGAACAUUGUCCACGCUCGCAAGUAAUCCUCAUAUUUAUUACUUCCCUGAUCCCCACGAUGCCACACAAAACCUCCUCUCUUUGUUGCCAACAUCACCAUCUACAAGUACACUCGUCCUUGGCCGUACAUCUACCAUACCACCAGAAUCCAAUCCUUCCUCAUUUACGCCGAAUCCUCGCUUCCUUGAGAUUCUGCAAUCUGUGAUGAGAGAAUACUCAAUACACGACCCUGUAGUCCAGGCAUCAGCAGCAGCAUAUGCCUCACAAGCGGGUGCAACACUCUCUGGCGGUGUUCUCUUGCCUUCCAGCCAUCCCUUGAAGCAAAGAAUGCGAAAACCAUCCACAUCUGGUGCAGGGCCCACAGCGUCACAAGGAGGCAUGGGAAGUGGAGGCAGGCAUGGCUGGGUUCAUGUUUAUGACCUGAGACAUCCACCAGACUUUGGUAGAAUCCCUGAUCCCGAGGAUAUAUUUGGUAGCGUCGAAGUUGACGGAGAGGGUUCAUUUGUAGGAGAUGGGGGUAACUACCAAGCAAGUGGGACAUACCGCAUUGUCACAAGAGACGGGGUUUUGGGCUUGAGCGACUUCCUGAGAGGCAAACUGGUGGACAGAUUGAAGCAACUCGAGCGGGAGGAAAGAAGCAAGUGAGAUUUUCAAGCUGUGCAGUGCCCCGGGAAAACCGCCACAGGGUAAAAUUUGCUCCAAAUCCCACACCUUUCUUAUUCAUGGGUGAUUUAGGUCUUGCAGGGCACGACAGUGUCUUCGGCUCUAUAUAAUAAGGAGUCUUGCGUCCCUUUCACCUCUCAAACGGACCGGAUGAUUUACGUUAUCAUCCCGUCACGACGUUUUGAUUAAAACAGAUGCAAGCAGGCCGAUUGAUGAUACGGAAGGCUUUUCUUCGGGCUCGAAAACAACAAGCCUGAAGACUAUGUGUAUAUUGCGCAAUGUAUUAGUACAAGUGUUCACCGCACGAUGUCUAUGGCUGGCCUCUCUGCUCAUUGCUUGAUCUUAUCGAAAGCGUGGUGGAGUCUAUGAGCAGUGACGAUUGAGAACAUGAUUUUUAUCAACGUUAAUGGCCAACAGUCCAAAGUUCGAGGCUCUGAUCUUUAGAAACUGGAAUGACAACGAAGACUGAUCACAGAGACGUUUUACUGCUCCCCAUGGACGGCUUGCUGCAAUUCCGUCCCACAACAAGCUCUCAACCAAGACGUCAUUGUCAACUCACUUCAAGCCAGCAAAUGUACACAACUGAGGUGCAAUUGCGUGUAGAGCGUGUAUUUGCAAAGGAAAAUCUCAUCUUAUUACAUUCUGACGACGUAUCCAAAAAUUCUUCUCAUGCUUUGACAAGCCUCAAUGGAACUCUCAAUUGAUGUCGAGUCGGCCUUGCACCUCACAUAAGGCCCAAAUUAUAUAUUUG